AACCAGAAAUCAUCAGAUCGAUUGCCUCAGCUCUGCGUUUCGUUAACAACUCUCAAUUACUGUGAAUCCAAACUAAUUGGUAUAAUGGAAUCGAACCAAGCCCCGCAGGGCCUUAUGGGCUCUAACGACAACAUUCAAAGAACUCAGUACCCAUAUGUGACUGGUACAUCUGUAGUAGCUUUGAAGUACAAAGAUGGGAUUUUGAUGGCUGCUGACAUGGGAGGUUCCUAUGGGUCCACAUUGCGAUACAAGACUGUGGAUCGGUUGAAGCCAGUUGGGAAGCAUUCUCUUCUUGGUGCAAGUGGAGAAAUAAGUGAUUUCCAGGAGAUUUUGCGUUAUCUUGAUGAGCUUAUCCUGUAUGACAAUAUGUGGGAUGAUGGGAACUCUUUGGGGCCUAAAGAAGUGCACAACUAUUUAACCAGGGUAAUGUAUAACAGGCGUAACAAGUUUGACCCUCUGUGGAAUUCGCUCGUGCUUGGUGGAGUGAAAAAAGGACAGAAGUAUCUUGGGAUGGUCUCAAUGAUUGGGGUCAACUUCGAGGAUAACCAUGUAGCAACUGGGUUUGGGAAUCACCUUGCUAGACCAAUUCUUCGCGAUGAGUGGCACGAGAACUUGAGCUUUGAAGAUGGUGUCAAGUUACUUGAAAAGUGCAUGCGUGUGCUCCUCUAUCGUGAUAGAUCUGCUGUCAAUAAGUUGCAGAUUGCUAAGAUCACUGAAGAAGGUGUGACAAUAUCCCAGCCCUACUCACUGAAGACCUUCUGGGGAUUUUCUGCUUUUGAAAAUCCAACAGUGGGUGCUGAGGGAUCAUGGUAACUGACGUGGGAUAAGUUUCUUUGAAAUUUCUUUCCCUGUAUCGCUUAUGGAGUUGAACAAAACAUUAUUAGGAAUUAUGCAUGUUUACUUUUGUUUAAAGUGGUCUUUCUAAGCUGUGAUAUGUCCUAUGACAGACCAAAGCCUCUGAUUGUGAAAUCCUGGCUUUUCCUGAGAACAAGGGAUAUUAUGAUAUCUUUUAAAACAUUAAUGCACACCUCCUCUUUCUUGGCUUUGGCC